AAGCGCUGUGCAAGUGAAGGCCAAAGGGCCUGCAUUUGUGAUGAAAGAACUGAGACAAUGAACAACGGUGACGGAGACUAUGAAGAACAGCAAAAGAGGAAAUGAGGCUACGCGGUCCAAUUUCCCACCUGGGUUGCACCAGAGUGACACAAAUCCUUCUCACCUGCUGGUUCUAUUUCAAGCUUGUAACAGGUGACUGCCCUUACGAAGGACAACAUUAUAUGAAUGGCAGCGUAUGGCGUCCUACACCCUGCACCGUGUGUUUGUGUGAGGACCCUGUAGCCGUCUGUGAAGACAUCGUCUGCAAGGACCCCCACUGUGACUACGCUGCAGGUCAGCAACUAGAGCUUGUGGAAAAUACUUGUUGCCCAGAAUGUCGACUUCGUCGCCAACCAUGUCAACUGCACGGCCAGCCUGUUCCGGACAGCACUACCUGGUCUACCACGCCCUGCGUCACCUGUGUGUGUGAUAACGGAGAAGUCAAGUGCUGGAACGUUACCUGCCCGCCGCAGCGGUGCAAACCUGGACAGGUGCUGCAGAGUCUACCUGGUCAAUGUUGUCCACGCUGCAUUCCUGUGGGACCUUCGUGCACAGACCAAGAUGGCGUCCGGCACCCCGACGGCUCCGAGUGGUCACCCUUGCCGUGCGUCUUGUGCGUGUGUCGCAACGGUCAUACAAAAUGUCUGCCCCAGCAAUGUCCUCAACUUGACUGUGCUCUGGAAGAUUUCCUUCCACCUUCCCCAGGAGAGUGUUGUAUGACAUGCAAGAGACAGACUUGUCUGGACCAUCAACAUGUUUAUCAGGAGGGAGACAGGUGGACCCCAGACUCCUGCACAACCUGUGUGUGUACCCAAGGUAUAACGCAAUGUCGUCAGAAGGACUGCGGCCCUGACAUCGAAUGCGGCCUGGGUGAAAGAUCGGUGACUUUGCCUGGGCAGUGCUGUCCUACAUGCGCUCCGUCAUCAGGUGCUUGUGAACUGGAAACUCCCAGGCGUUACCAUGGUGACAUGUGGAACAUCAGUGACUGUGAGUUCUGCAUGUGCAGCGGUGGGGAGGUUCAGUGUCGCACUCUGGCUUGCAGAUUGCAGCAAUGCAAACAGGGAGAAAGGCUGACUGCUUCAAACGGUAAAUGUUGUGACGAAUGCCUUACAGUUUCAGUUUGUGAAUACAAUGGAAUCAUCUUUCAGGAUAGCGAUACCUGGGACCCGAACCCCUGCACUAUCUGCACUUGCAGGAAAGGGAAGACCAUUUGCUACCAGACUAUCUGCUCAGCUUGCCCCAAAGGUUCCGUAUCUGAGGUUCACAGAGGACGUUGCUGCGGUGAAUGUAAGCCAGUCCAGUGUUCCCCAGCCUGUGGAGAGUGUUUGCUGUCCGAUCCAAACUACUGUUUGAGUUGUCGAGAGGUGGAACGCCUGUUACAGAAUGGUCUGUGCAAGGACAAGUGCGAGGAUGGCUUCUUUCCUGCUGUAAACAAUACCUGUAUAGUCUGCCACAGCACCUGUAAGACCUGCCGUAACGGCACACCAUUCCACUGCCUCACCUGCCCUUUGGGGCUUCUACUGAAGGACGGACAAUGUGUUUCCAGCUGUGAUCUUGGAUUCUACAAGGAAGGGAACCGCUGUCUCCGCUGCCAUCAUUCCUGUGGCUUCUGCUCUGGACCUGCAGUGACGCAGUGCCUGACAUGCGCAUUGCCUUAUCGUCUGCUGCUAAACGGCCGCUGCGUUGACGUUUGCGACGACAGACACUUUGUUCAGGGACGCUACUGUCUUGAAUGUCCAUCAUUGUGUAAAAAAUGUGUGCCUGGUGGACCAGCCUGUUCUUCUUGCCACGAAGGGGCACAUCUUCACAAAGGCCAAUGUCUUCUUUCUUGUCCCAAGGGCUACUACUCUGACGUGAAUUCUCGUUGCCAAGCUUGUCAUCCUUCGUGUGCUGUAUGCAGUGGGGAAGCUGCCUCCUCUUGUACUGCUUGCUCAGAGGGUGUUUCUCUCAUCAAGGGCCGUUGUGUGUCUCCUUGUCCACCAGGAAACUUUCUUACAAACGAAGGGACCUGCCACAACUGUGAGCCAGGAUGUGCUGCAUGUGUCACUGUGAAUGGUGAGGCAUCACCUGUAUGUACCGAUUGUGAAAAUAUCCUGCAUGUGGCUCAGGGAGUCAUGUGCCAAGAAUCCUGUGCACAAGGAAUGUAUCUGAGAAAUGGGAUCUGCUACGCUUGUGACUCUGGAUGUGAGGUUUGCCAAGGUCCUGGGCAAUGUGACAAGUGCUUCCUGCCCUUUCUGCUGGACAAAGGUCACUGUACCAAAGACUGUGAACAGCAGAGCUUUGUUGACUUCUACAAUGUCUGUCAGCCCUGCAGCAACCACUGUUUAGACUGUGUCAGUGAACAAACUUGCACAGCCUGUGACAACAGCACAUUCCUGUCUGAUGGAACAUGUGUCUUAUCAUGUAGAGCUGGUCAGACACACAGCAUUCAACAUCGUAAAUGUCAUGCCAAACCCUAUGCUCCUAUUGUGGUGGUAAGAGGUCAGCUGGACGUACCCGAGAAACAGUCAGUUGUCCUCCCAGCCUGGCUCAUACAGGUGGAGAACAUUGACAAUGACACACUGGUAGACAGAUUCACUGUUCAGCUUGAAAAGCUGUCCACAAGUGGUGAAAUUAUGAAGGUGUCUGAGAGUCAGGACACAUUGCUUGGAGAAGGUGACAUGUUUACAUUGAAGAACUUGGCAGAAGGCAGGAUUUGGUUUGUUCAUCAUGGUAGCCUUGGGCAAAGAGAUGACAUUGUGUUCCGUGUGAGUGAUGGAGAUCUAUUGAGUGACAAGGUGCACCUUCCUGUCAGAAUACUUCCUUCUUCAUCUCUCACGGUGACGGUCAACAAGCCAUUUCAUGCAGUGAUUGGGAGUAGAACAACACUUUCUCGUGACACACUGGACAUCCGCAGUAACAUUCAGGGACCCAUUGAGAUACGUGUGGUUAGUGGUCCAAUGUAUGGCAGCAUUUGGCAUUAUGGCAAAAGGAAGCAAGUGUCAGUGUUUCAUCUCAGUGACUUGCAUAUGGAAGAAGUUAUGUAUAGUCACCAUAGCAGCAGCAGCAGGCUUACUGACAUGGCUGUUCUUAUCGUUUCAAGCAGCUUUCAACAGAUCAGCAUCAUUUUAUCAAUCAAGCUGCAGCACAAAAACAGUCUAAUGCCUGUGGUUCUGGCAAAUGCAGGCGGUCAAGUUUGGCCAGGUGAGAAAAUGUUGAUCUCCCGUGAUAUCCUCGAGGUCAAGGCCAUGGAUCCUAAAUCUUCAGCUAUUGUGUACACACUUAAUCCUACAGUGAACAAUCCAAAGAAAGGAGAAAUCAUGAUGGUUGUGCCGGUGCCUGAGGAAGGAGUGCACAGAAGAUGGGAACUCAUGAGUGAUGGUACCAUGGGAGUGAAAACCUUUCGAUUUAUGCAGAAAGACAUAAAUGAAGGUCGCAUCUUUUACAAACACCAAGGGCUACAUCAGGAGGAUAAUGACUUUUUUACAUUUGAGGUAAGUGAUAUGGCCAGUCCACCCAAUGUGCUUCACAACCAGACUUUCCAUAUACGGAUUCUUCAGGGAAUUCAGGAUGACACAAGUGCACUAUCCGCUCAUUCAGCUUCACCUGGUACUCAGUUUGGAAUGACAGUGCUUGAGAACCAGGUUGUUCCAAUCACCAGAGCCAACCUCCCUCCUCAUAAUAAGGCAAUAUCUGACCAUGACCUUGUGUACCGACUUACCUCAUUGCUGGGUGAUGAAGAAGGGGCAGUAGAACAUAUAGACUAUCCAUAUGUGCCAGUCCUUCGGUUCACACAGGCAGACAUUAACAACAACCGUAUAAUCUACAGACCACCAGAUGAGGAAAUGGGGCUUCAGGCAAAAGACGUCAGCUUCACAUUUGUCCUGUCCGAUGGCAAAGAAAGCAGACAAUCUUCAGAGCAAAAGUUCACAAUACACAUCACACCUGUGAAUAACAUGCCACCACGUUUUCUCCAUCCUGACCCCGAAAUAACUGCAGCAGAGGGGGACAUAACUCCUCUUGGGUUAGAACUGUUAGCAGUGGUUGACUCAGACACACAACCAGAAAAUCUUACACUAACUCUUGUGGAAGAGCCAGCUGUUGGAAACCUGGAGAGGGUUGAUUGGCAGUUAAAUCUACAUACUCUUCAUACAGGAGAUGCUUUUCCUUAUACUGAAUUUGCGACUAGCACAUUCCAAUACAGACACAGUGGGCAAGAUGGUUCUCAAAAGGAUCACAUCAAGCUCUCUGCUAGUGAUGGUGUCUUUCGAGCAACCACAACCAUAACUGUUCACAUCAUCAAGGUAGACAAAUCUCCUCCAGUUCUUCUUUCAUCAUCACUGCUUCAAAUCAAUGUUAGUGAAGGUGGUACAUCUACUAUCACCAGAAAUCAUCUGGCCUUCUUUGACUCUGAUGACACAGAUGAUGAUGUAGCCAUUACUUUGGUCAAUGACACUGCACAGGGAUAUUUGUUUAAUGAAAAACAGGAUAGACCUGUUUCCAUAGGAAUGAAUUUCACACAAGCUGACAUUAAUGAUGGUCAUAUCAGAUAUGUGGCUGAUGGUGAGAUUGGCAAUAAGUCUUUAAAAGAAGUACUAUACUUCAGUGUUAGCGAUGCCAGUCAUAAUGUGCUGCCCAGUCAAGUUCUUUCAGUUCUGAUCACUGCUGUUGACAACCAGCCCCCAGUGGUGCAAAUAGGACCUGCAGUUGAGAUUGAGGAAGGAGGAGAAGCACAAAUCACAGCAGCUGUUCUUAGUGUUAUGGACGUGGACACACCACUAACAGAUCUAUUCAUAGUGGUUGGUACCAUGCCUAACUUUGGAAGCUUACACAACAGAAAACCAGGUUCUGAAGUGAGUGAAGCAAGCUCUGGGGAUUCAGCUUACCAGUUUACAGUGAAAGAUAUUGUAAAUGGACAUUUAUUCUACAUCCAGUCGGACCAUCUGGACAAGGAACCUAAAGAGGAUUCUUUUCUCUUCUAUGCCACUGAUGGGCUGAACAAAUCACCCAUGAACAAAUUCAACAUCCAUAUCAGUCUUAUUAAUGAUGAACCUCCUAUCAUGGCAACUGAACAACUCUUUGUGAAAGAGGGCCAAGCUGUCACACUGACAAAUGCAUCUGUGUAUGUGAUGGAUCUGGAUACUGAACCACAAGAUUUGCAACUGGUCUUGAUUCUACCUCCUUCUUCAGGUACUCUAAAGAGAAAAAGUUCUGCUGAAGACACAAUUUUGGAGGCUAUGGAGAUAAAGCAGAAUGGCAACUUCACAUAUAAGGAUCUUCUGAAUGGACUGAUAGUUUAUGAACAUAAUGAUGAAGAAACAACCACAGACAUGCUUAUAUUGUAUGUUACUGAUGGGAACUUUAAUGACACAAGACAGGUAAACAUCAUCGUUGGUCUCAUUCAAGAUGAAACUCCUCGGGUCACAGUCAACACGGGACUAAGAAUACGUGCAGGGUCAAAAACUACCAUCAGCUCCUCUGACCUAAGAGCCACAGAUGUAGACAGUGAAGACAGUGCUAUUAUUUACACGCUGACAAAAAACCCCAUUGCUGGCAGCCUUCAUUAUCAUAAUAGAGCAGGAGAGAAACAUCCUAUUACCAAAGAGGGCCCACACAGUACUUUCACACAAGAAGAUAUAGACAAAGGACAUAUAGAGUACAUGCAUGAGGUUGGGGAGAUGACUGGAACACUGUUGUUCAAGUUCAAGCUGUCAGACACAGAGGGCAAUGAACUUAUUGACCAAGAUUUCUUCAUCACUGUUAUGGAGGACAGAUUACCUCCCAAAGAAAUUGCUAAUAAGGAAUUCAUCCUGAAGGAAGGGGAGAGGAAGAAAGUAACCACCGACUUCUUAUCAUUUACUGAUGUCGACUCAGAGCCUGGGGCUUUAUUAUAUCAAGUUCUUGAAGGCCCACAUCUAGGUCACCUAGAACUCAAUCUGCACCCAGGUGUACCUGUUGUACAGUUUACUCAAGCUGACCUUGCAUCAGGGUCCGUGUUCUAUGUCCACACAAGCUCUGAUGAAGUUUACAUGGAUAAGUUUGUCUUUUCAGUCACUGAUGGAAGCAAUGAGCUAGUACAGACAUUCCACAUUACAUUCAUCCCAGUAGAUGAUGUAAUACCUGCAGUGAUCAGCAAUGGGCUACGAGUGCAGGAGGGUGUCCGAAAACUUCUAACAGAAUUUGACCUUAAGGCAGUGGACUUGGACACUGAGGAAGACAAGAUCGUCUUCACUAUCAUAGAAGCUCCCAUCCAUGGGACGCUGGAUCUUCAAAGAAAUAACAAGGAUUACAUUCAAACAGCACAAUUUACUAUGGCUGACAUCUAUGAAAAUCGUGUCAGCUACUUGCAUAAUGGCAAUGAAAUGUUUAGUGAUGCAUUCACUUUUACUGUGACGGAUGGUACCAAUCACUUGUUUACAGUCCAGAAUAAACAGGAUCCUGGGACACCUUCCAAACCUGUUUCAUCUCCACAGGCGUUUCAUAUAGAGAUUGUACCAGUAGAUGAUGGAACACCAGUAUUGCAAAUCAACCAUGGUCUGGAGUUUUUGGAACAAUUUGCCUCUGUGGCUGGAAACUAUAUAACAGAAUUUGAUCUGAAGGCAGUGGAUGAAGAUUCACUGCCUCAGGACAUCAUCUUCAGUGUCAUCAAAAUGCCAAAGCAUGGCAUCAUUGAAAACACAGAUCACCCUGGCCAGAAUAUCUCUAGAUUUACACAAGAGGACAUAAACAGAGGAAAAAUCAGAUAUAAACUGACAAAGAAAGCAGCUGAUCUUCAAGACAUGUUUCACUUUGAUCUCAUGGACAGAAAACCCAAUGUUGUAGCUGACAAUAUCUUCCAUAUUCGCUGGUCUGAGAUUAGCUUUGAAACAUCUGCUGUCAAUGUCACAGAGACUGCAGGCAUGAUCCAAGUACCUGUUAUUCGCAAGGGCAAUCUGAAACAGUACUCAAUCAUCCAGUGCCAAACUAAGCCCGAUUCAGCUGUGUCAAUGCCAGAAACGGCACAGCCAGGAAUGUAUGACUUUGUACAAUUCUCAGGGCAAGUCCAAUUUGACAGCUGGCAAGAAGCAAAGAUGUGUUCCAUGAUCAUCAAUGAUGACUCUGUGUAUGAGGGACCAGAGAGUUUCUAUGUAGAAUUAUCUUCACCCAACUAUGCAUUGCUCGGAGAUAUCGGAGCAGCCUUGGUCACCAUUAUUGAUGUUGAAGAUGUAACCAUGAUUGAGUUUGAAGAUGGACACAUAGUGGUGAAUGAAACGGAUGACUAUGUUGUUGCGACUAUCAAACGGAAAGGAGACCUGAGCACCACAGUAUCAGUCUUGUGCUCCACAUUCCCAGUCACUGCAACAGGCAGCAGCCUCACUGGUCUGGAAUCAGGUUCUGACUACAUUUCUCGUGGCAUCUCAGAUCUGUUCAGAGUUGUUUUUACCCCUGGCAUUGCUUCUGCUCACUGUGAUGUCAAGCUACUUGAUGAUGGUGACUAUGAAGGUGAAGAGAGGUUUGAGCUGCGGUUAUUGGACCCUUCUCCACCAGCCACUUUGGGCCCCAUUUCUUCUUCAAUAGUUGUAAUAAGGGGGCCAAAUGAUGAAUCUCGAGUUUACCUGUCAGCCGCUGAGUACCACUUCGCAGAGGAUGAGGGAGUUGUAGAAGUAGAGGUAUUGAGAGACGGCUCAGACCUGAGUCACGUCUCUUCUGUCUGGUGUGCUACUCGCCUCUCCAGCCCACCAUCUGCUACUCCAGGAGUGGAUUAUGUUCCAAGCUCCAGUCAAAUAAUAUUCAGUCCUGGACAGGUGUCAAAGAAAUGCCACUUAACAGUUCUAGAUGAUGACUUCGAUCCUCGUCUAGAAGGCAAUGAGACAUUUGAGAUAUUCCUCAGUUCAGGAAUGGGCAGCAGUCUUGCUAAACCUUAUCAUUCUGUUGUUUUUAUUGAAGAUGACAAGCUUGACAUGCCAUGGUUCACAUUCACACAAGACACUUAUGUGGUGGAUGAAAAAAAUAGAACUGUCAACGCUUCAGUUCUACGGUUGGGAGAUCUGACAAUAUCUGCCUCUGUCAUCUGUUACACACGCCAAAAGAUGGCUAAAGCCAUGUUGGAUUAUAUUGAGCGGGCAUUUGACAACUCAUCCAGAAUUUUCUUUAAGCCAGGAGAAAGGGAAAAAAACUGCAGCGUAGAGAUUGAGGAUGACACAGAAUUUGAACCUGAGGAAGACUUUUUCCUGAAGCUAGCAGAGCCUAUGUCUUCAGCAAAAUAUGAAGCACAGCUAGGGGAAAUGGACGCAGUUAGAGUUAUCAUCACCAACAAUGAUGAUGUUCCCAAACUCCAGUUCGACCGUCCAGCCUACAGUGUACAUGAGCCUAGCAUCAAACAGCAAAUUGCUACUGUAGUUGUCCGGAUAAUCCGCACAGGGGCAGAAAAUCUGACUUCAAGUGUUCGUUGCAGUACUCGUGAUGGUUCAGCAUUAUCAGGAUUGGAUUACAAUGCUCGCAGUCUAUUUGUGACUUUCCCACCAGGUAUUCAUGAGGUUGAGUUUCCAGUAGACAUCCUGUACAACUCUGAUGUUGAAUGGCAUGAGACUUUUACUGUGUUGUUGGGACCAGAGAAACCACAAGGUGCCAUGUUUGGUUCAAUCACCAUGGCAACCAUUACCAUUCUUGACAAUGAAGUAUCUGGUAGUUUAGUGCUACCAGCACCACCAGUGGUUGUGUCUUUACUACACUAUGAUGAUGCUGAACAAGGAACCAAGAUUGAGCUUUCUGCUGGCUACCCAAUAGUCUGCAUAAAUCCAUGUGACGUACACCAUCCUAAUUACUCUAUAACACACACCCUGUGUGAGGACUCUGGGAUUAACUCCUCAGCCAUUGCUUAUCAGUGGGAAGUGGCUGCACCACAAGAGACUGAUGGCACCACAUCUCCAUUUGUCCUUCUGUCAGACUCAACUCUCUUCACUUCUACAACACAUAUGGUGCUAGACAGCAUCCACUUCCGACCACAUUUCAGAAUUCGCUGUUUAGCUCAACCACUGCAUGCCAAUGGCAGUCCAGGCAUUCCCUUGAGGAGCCAGCCUAGGGUCAUUAGCACACAAAUGCUAUAUGCAAGUCCCCAUCAUUUGGGGAGGAAGUCCAAGGAUAUCAUGCUCAGUCCUUCCUGGCCUCUCUAAGCUACAUGCCACCUGAUGCUGCUAGACAUGCCAACACUAUUCAUAUCAGGGUUGAAAUUCCCCAUCAAGAUGGUAUGCUGCCACUAGUGUCCACAUUUCCUCUGCACAAUGUCCGUUUUCUUCUGUUAGAACCUGUGUAUCGCCAGCAACAUGUAUGCUCAAACCUCCUCACAACAGCAGAGCAUGCCUCC